UCAAGAACAUGUCUAAACCACCUUGUUAUCAUCAUCAAUGGUGUUUUUCUCUCUUCAUCUUUACAUCUCUCUAUCCUCUCUUCUCUCAAGCAGACGUCGGCUCAGCUUCCCAUUAUAACCCUCCCUAUACUCCGACGGCUUGUUUCGGGAGCGACGGUUCUCAAUUUCCGACAAACAACAUGUUUGCGGCAGCGGGCGAAGGAAUAUGGGAUAACGGGGCGGCUUGUGGUCGACAAUAUUUGGUAGGUUGUAUAAGUACGGCGGCACCCUCGAGUUGUAACGCGGGUCAGGCGAUUAGGGUUAGGAUAGUUGAUAGGGCAAUGACAUCGAAUUCUCGUCCUUCAAGGGAUGCAACAAUUGUAUUAUCGACAACUGCUUUUUAUACUAUUACAAAUGGUUGGCCAUCUAUAGCUAAUAUUGAAUUUCAACAGGUUUGAGAUAAUGGAUACCAAGUCAUCAUGCACUAACUAGGGUUUAUCGUUGAAUAUGGUCAAAGUUACAUUUUAGAUAUUUGUUUUUAAAUUAUGUGUGAAUGUGAUCUAUUUAUUUCUUAAUAUAAAAGUAUAGCUUUAUCACGGGCGGAUCAAAUUAUGUCACGGACGGUUUUAACUUUUAUUGUAUAAUUAAUUAUUUGGACUAUUUUGGUCUA